AAAAUUUCGGCAAUACGGAAGCCAACCGGGGCAAAACUAGAGCAUCCGCACAAUCCUGGCUCAGAGAGUGAAUUUAGUAGUGCCGUGACUUUCAACCGUUGCACUGAGUGUGGUUUCGGCCAUAGAGGAAGCGGACUCGUUUGUGAUUACAUUUCGUGAAUAUUGCGAUCGGGUGCAUGUCGUUGUAUUUAUGUAACCAUUUUAGUGGUAACCAUCGAUAAGCAGUCUUUAAUAAAAGGAAGUCGCCGGAAAAUUAAUGUACAGGAAGAUUGAUUCGCAGAUGAGAUUUUCGGUCAAAGGCUUCAUUACUAUUGCGACAGUCAGUGGUGGGCAGUGAUUCUUGCUGUGGGAGAAAAAGAGCGAGCAACAUAGAGAGUGUUAUCUGUAAGCACAGGAGAGAGCGAGAGUUCGGAAACAAAAGAAUCGCCUUCGUGUCCUUCCUGUGAAUAGUGCCGAGUUUACGCGAGUGGGCAUCGGAGGGACGAAUCGAAGGGAAAAAGAAAAUCAAUAAAUUUCAUUCAAGGUUAUUCACACCACGUAGAAUACUAUUUAAUUCAAAUUUCAACCCAUUGCACCAAACAACAAUAUCGUUAUAUUUUCCAAGAGAUAAAGUAACCGAAUCAUUUUACUGCAUUGAGGGAAAACAUGAACUUCUUCCAGAGUGAAAGUCAAUUGAAUAAGGAAAGAUAGGAACGAGAAAACAGGCUACAUUUUCAUUCCAUUCUACACAAUGAAUGAGGCUUUUCCAGCAGAAAGAAACCUAUAAACAGAUAUCUUCUUGCCACAACAAACAAACAAGUGACGCAGAAAAACGUGACAACAAUUUUUCCUCUGAUUGCGUCCCGUUCCGUUCUCUGAUUUCCCAGACAUAGGAAAUAAAAACUGCCAGAAGCAAGGCAGAAUUCUUUAACGGUCUGGAGGAAGAAAAGCAAAACCAGCGAAACACGUCAGUUGAAUGAAAAAUGUAGAUUUAAUUUUGAUUUUUGUGUGAAGUUUAUCGUUUGGAAGUAUUUGGGCGGGUUUGACUUCCCUGGUGGCAGAAGAAUCGGGUCGAAUUCAAAUUUGUUGGCGCGGACUUAUCGAGAAACCCACGCUGGUAUGACCUGAGGAGCGGAAACAAUUGGAAAAGGGAUUCCUAGACGUGCAGAAGCGAAUACUGCGACGAAGGAAGCCAAACAAACCAUGGCUGGAAGACAUGUUCGUCGCGUUUGUGUUGUCGUGGAUAAUCGGAGCUGGUCGUUGCAGCGGAAAUCGUCGUGAGAACGGGAGUGUUUUAGUUAAAACUAAAGAUAAAUUUCAGGGAUUUGUAUAGUUUUGGAAAGUGUAGUGAACGCCAAAUGGGAGUUGCUAAAAUGCGAAGAAUCAAUACCUUAGUGCGAAGCUUUCAGUGCUUACUGGUGGCGUGGAGUUCGCAAAUCAGCAUCGCCGGGAGCACGUGGGAUCACGUGAUGGAUUUUGAUCCCAACUAUAGGCUGCUGUGGACUUCCACCAGUCAGGAUAUUACGUUCGAGGUUCAGAGUCGGACACAGGGAUAUGUGGGUUUGGGGUUCUCCUAUGAUGGCACGUUAGCUGAUUCGGAUAUCGUCGUUGGGUGGAUGGAAGAUGGGCAGAGCCACUUUCAGGAUCGUCAUAUUCGAGCCGGGAGCAACGGUGAUCCAAUAAUCGAUCCCUCUCAAGACUACACUCUGCAUGCUAUGUAUCAAAAUCAGACUCAUACAGUGAUGAGAUUCAAACGAAACCUGGAUACCUGUGAUAACAAGGAUGAUUUCCCAAUUACGAAUGACACUAUGCGAGUGAUAUUUAUGUACUCGAAGGAAAAGCCACAGAAGGGAUCCCUGGUACUGCCGGAUCCGAUGGAAGCCUUCAAAGGAUCUCGAUCGAUGUUCGUGACGCAGAGUACUACCCAGCAGCCUCUAACCAAGACGGGUGAGAUCAAUAUCUUAGAGCUAAGAAACGAAGAUGUUGAGCUUCCGGAGACUGACGAGAGCCUUUACUGGUGCAAAAUCUUCAGACUGGACGAUUUCAACGAGAAACACCAUCUUGUACGGUAUGAACCGGUUUUCGACUCAUCAACCAGCGUGCUCUACCUGAACCACAUGAUCUUGUACGAGUGCCAGGGCCUUUCUCAGGAGCUCGAAAUGCUAUCCCGACAGCGUGGCCAGCCAUGCUUCCGACUGCAGGAGAUGCACUGCAACACAGUCGUAGCCAAUUGGGCACGAGGAUCUGAUGGAUUCAGUUUCCCGCAGGAGGCCGGCUAUCCACUGGACUCGCACCAGGCCACCUUCUACAUGCUGGAAACGCAUUACAACAAUCCGGACUAUUCGUACGAUUUCUCUUCGUUCUAUCGGAAAAAUCUGAACAAACAGCAACGAAACAUGAACAUCCACCCCAGUGACGAUGACGGCGAUGACGAGAAUGGUCCGGCCGGCAGCAACCACCACGAUGAAGAAAUGGAAAACUUGCCGGGCGACUACAGAGAUGAUGGCGAACCGGAGGCCGAACAGCAGGUAGUUGAUAAUUCCGGCCUCAAGCUAUACUACACGCGUACGUUGCGGAAUUUCGAUGCCGGCGUUCUGUCGGUGGGGAUGGAUCCGAACUGGCGCCACAUCAUACCGCCCGGCCAGGAAAAAGUGGUUUCCGAGGGGCAUUGCAUAGGUGCCUGCACUCAGCACAGCUUCCCUUCGGAGGGGAUUAAUAUUUUCGCCGUGAUGACGCGCACUCAUCUCAUCGGACGGCAGGUGAAGCUAAGGCAGAUUCGUGGAAACGAGGAACUCCAACCAAUUGUGCAUGACACCAACGUCGAUCCGAGCUAUCAAGACUACCGGCGUUUGCCGGCGCCAGUGAGGGCACUUCCCGGUGACAGUCUGAUUGCCGAAUGUAUCUAUGACAGUUCUUCGCGGAAAUCCAUCACCUUGGGUGGCAUGACGACCCGGGAGGAAAUCUGUCUGAUUCUUACGCUUUAUUACCCGAGACAGAAGGCUCUGACGUCCUGUCACUCACUGCCAAGCUUGCCGACGGUGCUGCACUCGCUGGGAAUUCAGAAACUGGCACCCGGUUCCAAUCCGGUGGAAAUUUCUUCACCCCCCGAGCUGGCCGGGAUGACACUUGAGAAACGGCUCACCUCGUACGAUUGGGCCAAUCAGUUCGAAAGCUUCCAGUACGUGACCCGGCUGGGAUCCUUCAAGCCACUGUGCUGGACUCCGACCAACACCAUGCUGCCGGGCAUCGAGAUGGAGUCGUACGUGAGCAACAUCACACGCCAAUGGAAGCCUGUGAACAAGUGUCGCAACAUUCACACCAACAUGAUCCCCGAAGCGGUUCAGGAUGGCAGCGAACCGGACAUGAUCGACAUGCCCGCCAUGGACGACCACGAGUCCACCAAUCUGAUCGAUACAGAACUGAAGGCCAAAGUAACGCCUCGUCCUGGUGGAACCACCUUUUCGCAGGGCGGUAAUCGGCCCACAUCGGGACGCAGCAGCAGUGCCAACGGAAGGCAGGAAACCACGCUCGGGAAACUGCUGGCCACCGCAUUCCUCGCGGCCACAAGCAGCAUCGUAAUCAGAUUAAUUUAAUUAAAAUGAGAACACAAACCAACCGUGCUUGCACUGCCACCAUCUUCGUAAAAGAUCAUACUGCGACUCGCGACUCGUGGGAAUUGCUCCAAAAGGGAUGAGUGCGAUGUGAGAGUGAAAUAAUUAAACCCCCAACCAUAAGGACAGAAGGUGGUGACUAGGGUGAUAUUGAAAAUGCCCAUUUCGAAUUCGUCAUCAAACAAUGGACAAGGGUGUAUAAAGUAUCAAUAAUCGAGUUACGAGAUCAUUGACAUUAAAAAUGUCAAAGGAAAUGCAAUCGCAACUAAGGUCUCUUAGAGCAGACAAUUUCAGCAUUCCAAAGAAAAUGCAACCAAAAUUCCAGUCAUCUAGUUAUUUAUAAGUAUUUAAGAGCACAACAAGUUUUGCAUUAUUUGUAAAAUUGAUCCAAAUGCAAGCCUUAAAUUUGGGAACUGUUUGUUUUUUUUUUAUAUUCCAAUCUGAUUUUAGUUCCACACUGCCACCCUAAUCCAUCUGAUGUGGUGGAUGUUCAAAUUAGAAAAGUUGCAAUUCCGAAGUCCAGCACAAAAAAAAAACAAAUUCAAUCGUAUGUGAUUUUAUUACAGUUUUGUUGUAAUCAUAAAGCGCUGGCUGGAUGGCCAAGAUGAAACGAAAUAUGGAAAGCAAUAAAAGUACCGCGUGGCGUGGUAGGGUGCAUUCGGCAACUGAAAAAUAUGAAAUAUAAUUUGUUGCAGAAACGUGAUUCCGCGCUUGUGAGCAAUGGAUGCGUUGUAUUCUGUAGCAAUGUCGACGAAUGAUUCAUUUUGUACCAUGUAAAUAUCAGAGCAAUGUUUUCGGAUGCAUUUCGUAACGAUCGAACGUGGGGACCGUUUUAUAUCGAAUCUUGUCAUCGGUGAAAUCGUGCGUAAAUAGGCCAUAUGUGACAUGCAAUACGUUUCGCGUUACCAUUAGAUAUUCGAAGAAAAAGUGGAAAUAGUCGUACUACAUGUAUCAUAGUGUAAAUAGUGAUAUGAAUCGAUUGUGAAGGAAAUAGACAGAUCAACAGGAGAGCAUGACGGAUUGCACUGUGUCAGUUUGCCAUAAAUAUUUGGUUGUAAAUGAUAUUUCAUCCUCUCGAAAAACAUUCCAUAGAUAAAUGAAUUGAAACAUACUCAUUAAGCAUAAACUAGUCAUGCCACGUUCCCAGAAGUAGACAAAUUUGUCAGCAACAAUUAAGCCGAAGCAACGUAAUAGAUUCAAGUCAACUGAAAACCAAUAGAAGAAGCCAGGACGUUACUAUGAAUAAAUUAUUUAACUAUGUAAUGAACACGCGAACCAAUCUACUCGCAAUUUACGCCAAUUUAUGUAAAAAUGUAUCUACCUAUCAAAUAAAACUAUUUAACAAGAA